UGCUUUGCUUUCCAACGCAGACAACCACUCGAAGAUAACAUUAAAAAACGACACUUGAAGAUGUUGUCCAACUUAUUAAGCUUUGAUCUAAUCGUUUCCCAAUCUCAUUCUUUAUUUUAAAAGAAACCCAUUACCCUCAUAUAGCGGAAUUGACAAUGCUGAGCUUUGGUUUCAUGAGAUCAACAGCUAUUCGAUUCUCUCCUUUUAUUAUUAAUCAUCCUUCUUCUCCUUCUUCUUGUUUCAGUUUCUCUCCAAAGAAAACCAUCGCUUUUGCUCUACGGUCACAAAUGGGGUCUUUCACAACGUUAUCCCAAUCAUCAUCUUCGAAGCUUUUGUUUCGGCAGCUGUUCGAGAAAGAAUCCUCUACUUACACUUACCUCCUUGCUGAUUUCUCUCACCCUGAUAAACCAGCACUUUUGAUUGACCCUGUAGACAAGAAUGUUGAUAGAGAUUUGAGUUUGGUUAGAGAAUUGGGGCUGAAGCUUAUAUAUGCCAUGAACACUCAUGUUCAUGCUGAUCAUAUCACUGGAACUGGCCUCAUCAAGGGCAAGGUGACUGGUGUGAAAUCUGUUAUUUCAAGAGCGAGUGGUUCCAAGGCUGAUGUUUUUGUUGAACCUGGUGAUAAAAUCUCUUUUGGCAAUCUAUUUCUUGAGGUUCGUGCCACGCCUGGUCAUACCGCGGGUUGUGUUACCUAUGUCACGGGAGAUGGACCCGAUCAACCUCACCCGAGGAUGGCUUUCACAGGAGAUGCCCUGUUGAUAAGGGGGUGUGGGAGGACAGAUUUUCAGGGUGGAAGUUCAGAGCAACUCUACAAUUCAGUGCAUUCACAGAUUUUCACAUUGCCCAAGGAGACGUUGCUAUAUCCAGCCCAUGACUACAAAGGAUUCACAGUAACCACUGUCGGAGAGGAGAUGGUGUAUAAUCCGCGCUUGACGAAGGAUGAGGAAACUUUCAGAAGCAUCAUGCAAAAUCUAAACUUGGCAUACCCUAAGAUGAUUGAUGUUGCAGUGCCAGCAAAUAUGGUCUGUGGGUUGCAAGAUUUGGAACCUAAAACCAACUAAGGCUUUGCUGGAGCAUCGAUAGGUGCACGGAUUUCGUUUGGAGCAUGAUUCUUGAUCCUGAUAUCAGUGAAUAUGCUAAAUAAAUGGCUACACAUGCCUGCUUGAUUGCAGAGAAUCAAUGUAUAAACAUUAUAUAAUGUUGUGAGCAUGCAAUAUUGUCAUUUUUCCCACUGCA